UGCAAAUGGCGGACUUUUUGACAUUUCUUUUUUGACACAUCAUUUUUGUAUCUUUAUUUUAGCACCAUGAACGAGAACUUAUCAGAAAUUAAUUGUGUGGUUAAAAAACCUUUAGAAAUAAGGAUAAAUGACCAAAAGGAUAGCUUCGGUAGCGGGGUUGUGGUUGUCGACGUCACACUUCAGAGUGUCGCAUUGUUUAACCUUGGAAGCAUCGGAUUCAGAAACAACUACACAGCUUUUAUUUCUGUCAAAGUAAAAUGUAAACCGAAAAGUGACCACGAUGAAGUGAGAUGGAGAGAUUGUGUAAAGCGUCUUCAACUGAUGCCGGACCCACACACUGAGACUGCUAGUCAGGAUUACUUCACCAUCUCAAGAUCCAAUAUGCUGUUUGAACCUGAUGAAGUGACUGCCGUUCGUCUAGUGUUGUUACAACCUUCUCCAGUGUGGGUUCAUUUUGGUAUCGAGGACGUCGCAGUGUUUUCACCGGAGGUUAAGUCCGAGAGUUCUACAUCUGUAACAGCAUGGUUGCUUCAGAAUCAACACCUGACCGAGACAGGCUCUAAACAAACCACCAUGAAAUCUACCCAACAGGUUGUGCCAGCAGUAGACAAGAUUACUGCUGGGUUACAACACUUAUGGGCACUGACUGAGACCAUGCGUGCCAACCAAACUCAAACAUCUCUAGGAAGAUAUGAUGUUGACGGAAGCUACGAGAUAAACUUACUGUCCUACACGUGACAAAGCAAUUGUGACUAUGUAUGCAUCAUCCCUGCUCUGGAAGCUUAUUAAAUCAAUGGUGUUCCUGGCCCCUGGAAGGCUACCAGCAUCGGCAAAGU